UCUGCUUCUAUCCUAUAAAUACCCUGAAAGCCUUGCUGCGAUAUAUCGCUCGUCAGAGGAAAAAAAGCUUAAGAGGCGUAUACAGUAAGUGAAGAAAAGAAGGGAAUAACUGAUCAGAAAUCCUUUCUUCAAUAUCCUCAGAGAUGACCACAUACCCACCAAGACAUAGUUUUUCUUCCAAUGAGAUCCAUGACAUUGGCACGGUUGAGAACAACAUUUUCAUGGCUCCUGAGAGCUUCUCCUCUCAACCUUCCUGGCCUUCGCGAAUAACUCUCCCUCCCUUUCUUCUGCGAAAGUUUGUCUCGGAGAUCAUAUCCACGUUCAUAUUGAUAUUCGUGUCAUGUGGAGUGGGGGCGAUUCAUCUAAGCGAUGACACGAGGGUGUCGCAGUUAGGCGCUUCAGUUGCCUCCGGGUUGAUAGUCACGGUGAUGAUAUAUGCUGUGGGACACAUCUCAGGCGCACACAUGAACCCUGCUGUUACGCUUGCCUUCGCUGUAUCUAAGCACGGCCAAUUUCCUUGGAUUCAGGUACCCUUCUACUGGCUAGCACAACUAACCGGCGCAAUAACCUCCUCUUUCGUCCUGAAGGCCUUGCUUCAUCCUAUUAGAAACCUGGCGACUACAACUCCUUCGGGCACGCCUCUGCAGGCUCUAAUCAUGGAAAUUGUAGUCACCUUUAUCAUGAUGUUCGUCACCUCUGCGGUUGCUACGGACACCAGAGCUGUAGGAGAGUUGGCAGGCCUGGCAGUCGGAUCCGCUGUUUGCAUCAACUCUAUUUUGGCCGGGCCCGUGUCUGGAGGAUCGAUGAACCCUGCAAGGAGUUUAGGACCAGCACUAGCCAGUAAGCGAUUUGACUCACUCUGGGUCUACUUUUUGGGUCCGGUAGUCGGCACAAUAUCAGGCUCCUUGGCCUAUAACUUCAUAAGAUUCGAUAAACCAAGUAAAUGUGAACCUCCAAAGAUGUCGUCAUUCAACCUCCCCCGCUUGCGGAGCCAGGAAGCAGCGGUAACAGUGGCCUCGGAUAUACCUUAGUUGAUGAGCCAGCCAAUGGUUUUUGCAUGUACCCUUAUUUGUACAAGCUUUGCUCUCAAGUUGUGAUUGUAACUAGUCAGGUGGGGUUGGUUUUGCUCUUGUGGAAGUAAAAAUGAUGAAAAACUCAUUUUUAGGUUUUUUGGGCCAAAUGGCAACAUCGAUCAGUUUGCGAAGCUUUUAAACUAUUAUAUGAAACCAAUAAGAUUUUAUUUUUCUA